AUGUCUCCUCCGUUAUUACAAUACUUCCUUUCUGGGUCCCUUCCUGAUCACUGUGAACCGACCUCGCCCUUCCUGACCGCUGUCUCCUCCCAUCUCCACAUCUGCAUCCCCACUGCUCUCGCGGCGAUCUCUUCCGUUCUCGGGACCCUCAGCAUUGUCUCAUGGCUCUUUGCACAAUUACCCCAGAUUUACAAGAACUUCCAAGUGCAAUCGACAUCAGGCUUAUCCAUAUUCUUCUUGAUAAUCUGGUGUCUAGGUGAUGCGAGCAACCUCGUUGGAGCGUUAUACACCCGACAAGCAGGGUGGCAGGUGGUAAUUGCCAGUUAUUACGUCUUCGUUGAUAUCACUCUGGUCUUCCAAUUCUUCUGGUACACCCAUUACAAAGCUCGCCGAAAUGAUUCAUAUAGCAACCUGUCACACUCGCAUGGCGCGGCUCCUCGGGACAUCAUUGAAGGGGUACCUCCUCCAGGCCAUGAAUCGGACCAUCAGACCCCAGCUCCCGUAAACAUGGACAAGAAGCGCUCCGAGGCCAAAGAUGUGGGUGUACAGGCUGGCUCAGUACUCAACUCAGCCCAUGGACAAACAGCCUCAUCCUCAAACGAGAAAUUGAGCUCCUCGCGUCGAUCCGUGAGGAUGAGCAGCAGCGCGCAGAGUCCUCCAUUCGCACUACCCCGGACGAUGCUCGUGGCAUCACUCCUCUGUGCCGUACUCGCCAACGCUGCUCCCACCGAUAAGCCUCAUCCACCCAUCUCUGAGGUACCGCGGGAGGCCAUCGUUGAGAUCAUCGGCCGCGUCUUCUCCUGGAUGUCAACAAUUCUGUAUCUCGGCUCGCGCCCUCCACAGCUAUACAAGAAUUACAAGCGCAAAAGCACCGAAGGUCUCUCCCCACUGCUCUUCAUGGCUGCAUUUUGUGGAAAUCUGUUCUAUUCCAGCUCGUUGCUCACCAACCCGAACGCUUGGUCCGACUUUUCUCCAUACGGCGGCGGCGGGUGGGCCGAUAACCACGGUAACGACCGCUUAGAGUGGAUCGGACGUGCCACCCCGUUCUUCCUGGGUUCCUUUGGUGUCUUGGGACUGGAUGGAUUCAUGGGCGUUCAGUUCCUCAUGUAUGGCGACGGUCCAGAGCACGAAGAUGAUGAGAGUUUCAUCAGCGGUGAUGGAGAUGAUCCAAAGCGCGGUCGUGGUCGCUGGAGACGUGUUCGCGGCUGGAUGCGUGGUUGGAUCCCCUCUUCGCCUCGGAGGGAAUCAGGGGGGCUUCGGGCCCGCAAGAGGGACAGGCUCUUUUAG